AAGGGGACGUGGUGACCAAGAAAACAAUCCCAAUAUAAAACCUGGUUUGGAUAGUCCCCAAUGCCCGUCUAGCCAUGCCGAAAAAUGAAAUCCACAAUUAAUCCCACAAUCCUCUCUGUUGGAGCCAUCCUAGUUUCCAGCCUGGUCGUCGCCUAUCGUUCCGUCCCACCCUUAUCCUGUCCCGUCCUGUCCAGUCCGUUUGCCUCGUUUGUCCGAAGCCCUUUCUGUGUCCUUGGUAACGAAACCAGUUUCCUCUUGUCCAAAUGCGCUUCCGAUUCCAUACCUCGCAGAUCCACUUUGCCGAAUCCUGCCCCUUUGAUUUGUCCCGGUCCGUGUGAUAUAAUAGAUUCACGAAAUAAAAACAAAAAAGAGCUUCAGCCCACCGUUGGGCUUCCACUGCUUCAUGUCCAACGAGCUCCCUUGACGCCAAUAAUCCAGUCUCCCCUUUCCUAAUUGCGCCCUUGCGCCUUUUUACACAUCGUAGUCGUUGUUGCUUGCAAUGGAUGUGGUGGGUGGUGAUAUGUCUCGCAUCAGGUAUCGCUGUUCCUCGUUCGCAGCCGCGGCCUCA